AUGUCCAUUUCUGGAACUCUUAGCAAUUACUAUGUCGACUCCAUUAUAAGUCAUGACAGCGAAGAAUCUCCCGCGGCCAAAUUCUCUUCGGGGCAGUAUGCAAACUCCCGGCAAACUAGCCACAGUGAACCCCUCGAAUUCCCCUCUUGUAGUUUCCAGCCCAAAUCUUCAGUUUUCAGCGCUUCCUGGACGCCUCUGACGCCACACAGCGCAGCUGCCCUUCCUUCGGUCUAUCAUCCUUACAUUCAGCAUCAAAACCUCCCAACCUCCGAGAGUAGGUAUCUACGGAACUGGCUGGACCCAGUGCCCAGAACAGAAAACAUAGCCGGGCAGGGACCAGUUAAAACAGAACCGCUGCUGGGACACCCCGGGGAGAUUCGUAAACAGGGGACACAGGAGUACCAUUUAGAAACUUCUGCUGGAAGGGAAGGGAUCGCUUCCAAUCAAAGGCCCAGCUUCGAGGACAAUAAAGUUUGUGAAGGAAGCGAGGACAAAAGCAGGCCAGAUCAAAGUAACCCUGCGGCCAACUGGUUACACGCUCGCUCCUCCCGGAAGAAACGAUGUCCCUACACAAAGUACCAGACCUUGGAACUGGAGAAGGAGUUUCUGUUCAAUAUGUACCUCACCAGGGACCGUAGACACGAAGUGGCCAGGCUCCUCAACCUGAGCGAAAGACAAGUCAAAAUCUGGUUUCAGAAUCGAAGGAUGAAGAUGAAGAAAAUGAACAAGGAACAGGGGAAAGAAUGAAGAUUCCCUAGCCCGGGGCCUCCCUCUUUGCUCCCCAGUUUGGGCCCCGUUUCGAAACUCGUGUCGUAUUUGUGGGCGAUGAUUUCCUAGCGGUGCUUGAGAAUGGGGGCGGGGGCGGAGAGCCAAGCCGAAGCAGAAACAGACAGCUUGGUUUGAAUGCAAGGAGUUCAUAAUGAUCACACCUGUUCGUUUCUUCGGGUCUUCUUUUUCCCUUUUAAAACUAUUGAGGAGAUAAUGCUACUGUGUGAAGAAGAGUGAGAGCGAGGAGCUUUGCAGACGACUGAUGACAGUUUCAUGUUAAUUUCACGUGAAUCCCCCAGUGGCCCCUUUGGGGAGUCUUCAGUGAGCUGCUGUGCUUCUUCCUCCCCCGCCCCAAACCCCAAACACUGUCCCAGUCAAGAGGCACAACGCACUGGGAAGUUCUCCUGCGCAAGCCUCCAGGAAAUGGUGCCAGAGCACUGAGGUUUCCUGGAAAAUAGUGCCCCCCCUCCCAACGCUUCCCCCCUCCCAUAGUCCUUCAGGAGGACAGACGGCGAUGCGGAUCUGGAGAUGGAAUGGGAGUGGAAGCCCCUUCGAUUCACCAUCCCCUUUAGAGCACCCAAGUCCAUUUCCUGAGGGUUGGGGGGGGGGGGGAAGGGCCACUGCACAUUUAAAUGCCAUUCUUUACUUUCAAGUAAACCCACCUAGGACAGCUGAGCGACUUUCCCAAAAGAAAUGUAUUAACACACUAUUAACACGAAAAAGCCUUCAGGGCCUGAGGGCAGAGAGACCUUCGCGCCAGACGGGCUUGCACAGGAGAUCUUAAGGUACCCCACAAGUUGGUCCUAACUUUUAAAGGGCGAGACAGGAAGUCUCUCGUCCUCUUGCUCCCACCCACUGGCAGAAUUGAGCGUGAGGAGAUCACCACCUUUGUGGCGGUGAAGAGAAAGCGUGCAUUCCUAGUGGCCGACUAUUUAUUGUGAAAAUUGAGUAUUCAGAGAAGCAUUGGAGUGCCAAACUUCUCUGGGCCAUUUUUCUUCUCCUUCACCCAGGUUUCUGCAGAGAAGUUUUAAUACUUGAACGUUCUAGGAAUAUUUCCGCCUCCCCCCCCCCAGUUGCUGCUGGAGGAGGUAGCCAUCGCUCAUGUUAACAGGAAAGCAAAGUUUUGAGUGGCAUAAAAGAUCUUGGUGGCCUUUCGUGGUGGUGGUGGGGAGAGCACUGUGCGAGUGUGCUAUUGUAACAGACAGACAUCCUCAUUGUUUACAAAAAAAGAAUCCUCAUUUCAUACUCGGGCGAAUGGGAUUCUCAACUUUGAAAGCUCCGCUGGGGUCUCACCUAUAUACUCUCCUUUCGAAACAUCUCAUCUAGGAUUCUGUUGUCUUUAUGGAUGUUUCUAUUUAGCUUCCCUCCCCUCCAUUGGUGGGACUUGGGAAAAAUAGGUAGUUAAGUAGCUUAGUACAAAGUGAUCAUAUGGUGUGUGUGUGUGUGUGUGUUUUUUUUUUUUAAAAAUAAGUGUUCGUGAUUGUGCUUUUGUGAAUGUUCCGCUUGUUUUCCGUGGCUUUUAGGAGUAUAAAAUGGGGUCGAUUUCUGUUAGUUCCAGAACCCGCGGGAUGCAUACGUAUAUAAUUUAUCCCCCUCCCCUUUCCUUACUUCCAGGCUAAAAUACCAGUAUCUUUCUAGAAGUAACACUGUAUGAACUGAUAAGUUUUGGUAACAGAACAAAGGGGUGGGGGGAACAAGACAAGAGACAGACUAAAUUAACGUGUCUCUUUCAGGUAAUUUCUGGGCAAAACGGUUGCAACUGAGAGAUCUAAUUUCAUAGAAUGUUGUAUAGGAUUUUUAUACCAUUUCUGCCUGAGGAUAAGCCGUUGUUCUUUAGAGAUUUGAUAGGCAUAUUUUGAUCCUUGGAUGGAAUUGCCUGGUUUGCAGAGUUCUCCGAAGAUAGGAAACCAAUCUUUUAGGAUAGGCUUCAGUGUAAAAAGUUCAGCUUUUUUUUAAAAAAAGAAGAUUGUAGGAGUUUUGAUGACUUUCCUCAAAAACCAUGGGGUAUUUCCCAAAUAAGUUUUCUUUUUAGUGGGAUACCAGGGAAACGGUAGAAAUGCUUUUUUAUAGCUUCAAACCUUAACUCUAGUGUGUGGCUCAAAUCUAGUCGGAAUCACUUUGUCUUACUACAUGGAUUUCGCAAGGAAAUUUCCGAGGUAGCCCCCCCCCCAAUAAAUGUGAUUUUUAAAAAUCCCUGUUUGAACAAGCCAUCUAUUGCACCCGGUGAGGUUUGAUAAGAUUCUCUGGUUUGUAUGUAUUUCUCAGUUCAACGGUGCUCCAGUCGGGUGUUCAACUGCUUGAACAAACGGUCAAAAGAGUCCUGAUUUUAACGUUUUGGAAAGAUAAUUUCCUCCAUAAAUGUAUCAGCCUCUUCAUUCUCUCUAGCAUAAUUGUUGAUUUCGUUAGGGGAAAAGGGAGAGAUGCUGGAAAGACCUUUUUUAAUUUUUAGAUUUUUUAAAAAAAUUCUCAUAGUUUUUAAUGCCUCAGCAUAAAAAUCGAUUGUUUGGGAGGGGACCCCUACCAGGUGUUAUAUCGCUUUCUCUCGGAUUCAGAAAUAUUUGCAAUUGUGUUUUCUUUUUCUUUAGUGGUUCUUUAGGGUGUAUUAUAAAGAUCUGAGAGGAUGUUUUGUUUUGCAUUUUGGUCUGAAGUUUUUAUUAUUAUUAUUUUAAAAAUUAAGGAGGGGAGGAGAUUAUUAAAAAAAAACAUUUCCAGUGUAUUUUUUUUGCUUCUGUGUUAAGCGACUGCAUUACUGAAACUAUUCAGCAAAACAGAAAUAAAAGCGCUUUUCAGUCUUCA